GGCUCCCGCCUCUUCAGGACUCGCCUGCCCCACAGCCCCAUCGCCCUGGAAGCCACCUCGCGGAAUAAAAAAUCUGCAGUUCACUCAAGAGAAGAGGCGUGUGGAGGAGCCGAGCCGAGGGAGACCUGACCCCGGGACCGCGGGACCCAGCCUGGUGCAGCCGGGUGAGCCUGCCCAGGGCCAGCGAUGGCAGCUGAACCCUCAAAACAAAUAUUCCACUUCCCCAUCAUAAUCCCAAGAAGAUGGGUGACCCCAUCAACACCAAACACAGCCACAAACACGUCGACCAGCAGCUCGUCCUGUGGCGGCGAGGACCUGCCUUUCGUCCACUUCUACAACAUCCUCUCCCUGGUGACGGUGCUGGUCAGCGCGUGCGGCGCGGCGGGGAACGGGGCCGUCAUCUGGCUGCUGGGCUUCCGCGGGAAGAGGACCCCCUUCUCCGUCUACGUCCUCCACCUGGCCUGCGCCGACGCCGCCUUCCUCCUGAGCAGGAGCGUCCUGCUCACGCUGCUGCUCCUGCGUCUCCACGGACACGUGCUCUGCUGGCUCGUCGACCCGCUCGCCCUCUCCUCGUACCUGGCGGGGCUGGGCCUGCUCGUGGCCAUCGGCGCCGAGCGCUGCGUCUCCGUGCUCUGGCCCCUCUGGCACCGGUGCCGCCGGCCCGCCCGCCUCUCCUCCGUGGUGUGCGGCCUCAUCUGGGCGCUGUCCCUGUGUGGGGUGAUAACAUGGCUUUUGUGUGUGCACUUUGUGGGGUUGCCACGGCAUAGCUUGCAUUUCAUCUACUACGUGGCGGUGGCCACCACCUUCCUGCUGCUGUGUGCGUCGGGCCUGACGCUGCUCCUCCGGGCCCGCUGCAUCUCCUUGCGCAGACCGCCCACCCGGCUCUACGUGACCGUCCUGCUCAAGGUGCUGGCCUUCCUGCUGCUGGCGCUGCCCUACACUGUGGCCGCCACCGUGUAUGUCCUCGCCCCGGCGCUGCCCUAUCAGGGCACGCUGUUGCCCAUCUUGCGCAUCCUCUCAGUCCUGAACAGCCUGGUGAACCCCAUCAUUUACUUCUUUGUCGGGAGGCACGGGCAGCGGCCGGGCAGGGCCCCCCUCCGAGAGGUGCUCCAGCGGGCGCUGAGGGAUGAGGAGGAGGGGGCUGGGCACGGGGGAUCCCCCGUCUCCGCAGAAACCACGACGUCCACCUGA